AUGGAUGAGAAGUUCAAGCCAGCCAAGAGAGUCGCGGGACAGAAGCCAGAUGUCUGGUCAAUUGUCAAUGAGGCGGCUGCUGCUUCGCCAAAGCAGCCCAUAGUCAAUAUGGGACAAGGCUUCUUCGGCUAUAACCCACCCAGAUUCAUACUCGACGCCGCCAAGAGCGCCCUCGACAGAGUCGAAUGUAAUCAAUACUCGCCCACCAAAGGUCGGCCGCGGUUGAAGAAAGCCCUGGCAGACGCCUACUCGCCAUUCUUCGGCAGGAAGCUUGACCCCGAGACCGAAGUCACCAUCACCACCGGCGCCAAUGAAGGCAUGCUCAGCGCCUUCAUGGGCUUCAUCGAACCAGGCGACGAAGUCAUCUACCUCUCCAACAUCGAGAUGCCCGGCGGCACCAUCCGCUACGUUCCCCUCCAACCUCCCAAAAACGGCGCCACACGCACGUCCUCCGCCGCCAACUGGACCAUCGACUGGGACACUCUCGAAUCCACUUUCAACGCCAAAACCAAGAUGAUCGUCAUCAACACACCCCACAACCCCAUCGGCAAAGUCUUCUCCAAAGACGAACUCACCCGCAUCGGCGACCUCUGCCUUAAGCACAAAGUCCUCAUCCUCUCCGACGAAGUCUACGACCGGCUAUACUACGUCCCCUUCACCCGCAUCGCCACCUUAUCCCCUGAACUCGCCGAGAUCACCAUCACAGUCGGCUCCGCCGGCAAGAACUUCUACGCCACGGGCUGGCGCGUAGGCUACCUGAUCGGCCCGCCCCAACUAAUCAAAUACGUCGCCGCCGCACACACCCGCAUCUGCUACUCCUCCGUCUCUCCGCUUCAGGAAGCUGCAGCCAUCGGCUUCGAGGAGGCAGACAAGAACGGCUUCUGGACUCCGCCGUCACAGAGAUGCAAGGCAAGCAUUCCCGAGGGAGGGUACUUCGUGCUGGCCAACCUGACGAAAGUGAAGCUGCCAGAAGGGUACGACUUCCCACCACAGGUCAAAGACCGCCCGAGGGAUUUCAAGAUGAGCUGGUUUCUGAUCGUUGAGCUGGGCGUAGCGGCGAUUCCCCCAACGGAAUUCUACACGGACGAACGAGCUCAUCUAGCCGAAGACUGGUUGCGGUUCGCGGUCUGCAAGAACGACGACGUGCUAGAGACUGCCAAAGACCGCCUGAGAGGGCUAAAGAAGUGGAUGGUGUGA